AGGUGACGCACCGAAUGUGAGACUGACAUACGAGGUCACGCUAGGUUCCUCGGCAGUUACUUGAAGGCAGUGAGCUUCAGUCCCCACUAUCCAGAUGAUCCUUCGCAAUUCCAGCUUUUCGAUUCAUGGGAAAGAACCCCGCUCUAUCCCGCCCCUACCGCAGGCAACUUCGGUCGGACACCCACGCCUCCCGUGCGUAGCCCCUCCACAAGCCAGAUAGGUGACAACAGUCCAGAAACUCCGUUCGGGGAACCCGAAGCCGCGCAAUAUUCUUAUCUGAUCGACUGGAAAGUUAAGCUCAACCACCGCCCAGCCGUAAGGGUCACAGAACCAGAUAUAGUCAUAGCGCCUAGUGCGUAUUGGCAAGAAACCUUGGAGAACAAAGUUCAGGAUGUCAAGCGGCGACCAAUAUUUCGUAACCGAAGGGCUAGGUUAGAUAAUAUAACCAUUCUGGUGUCGGUAACGAUCGUUCGGCCAAUGAUCUUUAUCAAGACUUCCCGGGUCUUGAUAUCGAUUGGACUAUUAUAAUGCGCCUCGCGCUGGAGAAAAGCGCGGUGCUACUUCAGUGACCAAGACUAUGCUUGCUGAUAGGGAUGCCCAGAUUGACGCAGAGCAAAGCUCUGGUCAAUACUCGCCUUGGCGGUCUGUCUACAAUGCGUUGCGAUGUCCUGGGCCACCAUGUGAUAACCAUGACGGGCACUGCUGGCAGGACCCCGUGGGAAAGAAGCAUUACAAACUCAAGACACACCACUUGAGACACCUUGUUCAUUUGGUAAAGAAGAAAAAUUUGAACAUUGAAUCUCAUGACGAUGUCCCGGAUGAGGUUCGACAACAAUUAUAUGCAGAAGAGCAACACCGGUUGGAAAGGCAACGCAAAACUGGAAGGCAAUCGUCAAACGAAUCACCGCCAUCGGCACCAAUUAAUAUCCAUCUUUUACCUGCGCAGUCUGCUCAGGCAUCGACGUUAAUUACUCCAGCUGGUUCACCGCCAUUGCUCCCUUAUUCAGACCCUAGCCUUGAUGAUGCAAUUAUGAUUCCGGAUCUACCGCUCGAUCUAGCCGUCCGGAAGUAUUCGGAUUGGCAGCAAAGACGGGUGAACUCCCAGAUUCUUAAAGACAACGUUGACAAAGCGUGCGACAUCGCGUUGACUAAUGGCCUCGAUCUCAGACAAAUCAACAAAGAUAGAGAUGUUGAUUUCUUUGUCAAACAUGGCGUUGUAGUUGGAGUUGCCCGGCGUUUCGUUGAUGAUGUUCGGGAGUGGUUGAACGAUUAUCAACCUGUCUAGAUCGGCUUGGGAGUUGCACCGUCUUGUAUUAUU